AUGACUAGAGAACGCAGAAGCGAGUACCAGACCAUCACCCCUGUUAAUACCACCAGGAGGAAGAGGAUGAAGAGGAGAGAGGGGAUCCCCCUGCGUCGGAUGCUCUCUGUGCGUACUCAGCUGAGAGCCUCUAAUCGUCUGGAGGACUUCAUGAGGGACCACCAGCCUGAUAUGUUCAACCGGAGGUACGCCCAGUGUUACCCCCCUGGCAUCCCCUCUCUCAGGCUGGGUAAGAGCAGCGAGAGGCUCUACAACUUCAUGGAUGCCCAGUACUAUGGACUGAUCAGCCUGGGUACCCCGGACCAGAACUUCACCGUAGUGUUUGAUACAGGAUCGUCUGACCUGUGGGUCCCAUCCUCUUACUGCGUCUCAGAGGCCUGUGGCAUGCACCGCAAGUUCAAGGCCUUUGAGUCCAGUACGUUCAACCACGACGGCAGGAUGUUUGGCAUCCACUAUGGCAAGGGACACAUGCUGGGCAUCAUGGGCAGGGAAGUCCUCAAGAUAGGCAAGAUGACGGUGCAGAACCAGGAGUUUGGAGAGUCGGUGUACGAGCCAGGUUUUGUCUUCGUCAUGGCUAAGUUUGACGGGGUGCUGGGUUUGGGGUACCCCUCCCUGGCUGAGGAACUGGGGACACCCGUUUUCGACAGCAUCAUGAACCAGAAGUCUGUGGACCAACCCAUCUUCUCCUUCUACCUCAGCAAGAGUAAGAUGCCAAGAGACCCAGGGGGAGAGUUGCUGCUAGGAGGGAUGGACGAGGCGCUCUACAGUGGACCCAUCAACUGGAACCCUGUUACCCUGAAGAGCUACUGGCAGAUCAAGAUGUCCAGUAUCCAGGUCCAGGGAGCCUUGACUUUCUGUCCCCAUGGCUGUCAGGCCAUCAUUGAUACAGGCACGUCUCUCAUCAUCGGCCCCACCCGUGACAUCCUCGCUCUACAACAGCUGAUAGGAGCUACCCCCACCUCCAUUGGAGAGUACCUGAUUGACUGCGCCCGGCUCUCCAGCCUGCCCCAGGUGACCAUCAUGCUCAACGGGGUGGAUUACGUGCUCACUGCUGAGUCCUACGUCAGAAGGGAGAUGAUGGGUGAUCAUGAGAUCUGUUUCAGUGGGUUCCAGGGGGAGGAUCUGCCCUCCACGACGGAUCCUCUGUGGAUCCUAGGGGACCUGUUCCUCUCUGAUUACUAUAGCAUCUAUGACCGGGGACAGGACAGGGUGGGCUUCGCUAAGGCCAGACACACACGCUAUACAACGUUGGAUGCAGAGAUGGAUAGGUAGAUGGAAGGUGGGAAGGGUAAAUGGAGCGAUGGAAGUAGGGAGUGAUGGAUGGAUGGAGGAAUGGACAGAGGGAGAGAUGGAUGGAUGGAUGCAUGGAUAGAUGGAUGAUAGAAGGAGGGAUGAAGUGAGGAAGGAAGGAAGGAUAGUGAUAGAAGAGUGGAUGAAGCGAUGCAUGGAAUCACCAUGCUUCACCUCCUGUCAUCAUCACUGAGACAGAAGUGCUUCAUGGAAAGGCUGAAAGGCUGUCUGUCCAGCAUUAUCAGUGUAUGUCUAGCAUGAUCAGUGUCUGUCUGUCCAGCAUUAUCAGUGUAUGUCUGUCCAGCAUUAUCGGUGACUGUCUGUCUAGCAUUAUCGGUGUCUGUCUAGCAUGAUCGGUGUCUGUCUGUCUAGCAUUAUCAGUGUAUGUCUAGCAUGAUCAGUGUCUGUCUAGCAUUAUCAGUGUAUGUCUAGCAUUAUCAGUGUCUGUCUGUCUAGCAUUAUCAGUGUCUGUCUAGCAUGAUCAGUGUCUGUCUGUCUAGAAUUAUCAGUGUCUGUCUGUCUAGCAUGAUCAGUGUCUGUCUAGCAUGAUCAGUGUCUGUCUGUCUAGCAUUAUCAGUGUAUGUCUGUCUAGCAUUAUCAGUGUCUGUCUAGCAUGAUCAGUGUCUGUCUGUCUAGCAUUAUCAGUGGCUGUCUAGCAUGAUCAGUGUAUGUAUGUCUAGCAUUAUCAGUGUAUGUCUGUCUAGCAUUAUCAGUGUAUGUCUAGCAUGAUCAGUGUCUGUCUGUCUAGCAUUAUCAGUGUAUGUCUAGCAUUAUCAGUGUAUGUCUGUCCAGCAUUAUCGGUGUCUGUCUGUCUAGCUUUAUCGGUGUCUGUCUGUCUAGCAUUAUCAGUGUCUGUCUAGCAUUAUCAGUGUAUGUCUGUCUAGCAUUAUCAGUGUCUGUCUGUCCAGCAUUAUCAGUGUCUGUCUAGAAUGAUCAGUGUCUGUCUGUCUAGCAUUAUCAGUGUCUGUCUAGCAUGAUCAGUGUCUGUCUGUCCAGCAUUAUCAGUGUCUGUCUGUCUAGCAUGAUCAGUGUCUGUCUAGCAUUAUCAGUGUAUGUCUGUCUAGCAUGAUCAGUGUCUGUCUAGCAUGAUCAGUGUCUGUCUGUCUAGCAUUAUCAGUGUCUGUCUAGCAUUAUCAGUGUAUGUCUAGCAUUAUCAGUGUCUGUCUGUCGAGCAUUAUCGGUGUAUGUCUGUCUAGCAUGAUCAGUGUCUGUCUAGCAUUAUCAGUGUAUGUCUGUCUAGCAUUAUCUGUGUCUGUCUGUCUAGCAUUAUCAGUGUAUGUCUAGCAUUAUCAGUGUAUGUCUGUCUAGCAUUAUCUGUGUCUGUCUGUCUAGCAUUAUCAGUGUCUGUCUAGCUUUAUCGGUGUCUGUAUGUCUAGCAUUAUCAGUGUAUGUCUGUCCAGCAUUAUCAGUGACUGUCUGUCUAGCAUUAUCGGUGUCUGUCUGUCAAGCAUUAUCGGUGUCAGUCUGUCCAGCAUUAUCAGUGUCUGUCUGUCUAGCAUUAUCAGUGUCUGUAUGUCCAGCAUUAUCAGUGACUGUCUGUCUAGCAUUAUCGGUGUCUGUCUGUCAAGCAUUAUCGGUGUCAGUCUGUCCAGCAUUAUCAGUGUCUGUCUGUCCAGCAUAAUCAGUGGCUGUCUGUCUAGCAUGACCAGUGGCUGUCUGUCUAGCAUUAUCGGUGUAUGUCUGUCUAGCUUUAUCAGUGUCUGUCUGUCUAGCAUUAUCAGUGUCUGUAUGUCCAGCAUUAUCAGUGUCUGUCUAGAAUGAUCAGUGUCUGUCUGUCUAGCAUUAUCAGUGUCUGUCUAGCAUUAUCAGUGUCUGUCUGUCCAGCAUUAUCAGUGUAUGUCUGUCUAGCAUUAUCAGUGUAUGUCUGUCUAGCAUGAUCCGUGUAUGUCUGUCUAGCUUUAUCAGUGUCUGUCUGUCUAGCAUUAUCAGUGUAUGUCUGUCUAGCUUUAUCGGUGUCUGUCUGUCCAGCAUAAUCAGUGGCUGUCUGUCUAGCAUGACCAGUGGCUGUCUGUCUAGCAUUAUCGGUGUAUGUCUGUCUAGCUUUAUCAGUGUCUGUCUGUCUAGCAUUAUCAGUGUCUGUAUGUCCAGCAUUAUCAGUGUCUGUCUAGAAUGAUCAGUGUCUGUCUGUCUAGCAUUAUCAGUGUCUGUCUAGCAUUAUCAGUGUCUGUCUGUCCAGCAUUAUCAGUGUAUGUCUGUCUAGCAUUAUCAGUGUAUGUCUGUCUAGCAUGAUCCGUGUAUGUCUGUCUAGCUUUAUCAGUGUCUGUCUGUCUAGCAUUAUCAGUGUAUGUCUGUCUAGCUUUAUCGGUGUCUGUCUGUCCAGCAUUAUCAGUGUCUGUCUGUCCAGCAUAAUCAGUGGCUGUCUGUCUAGCAUGACCAGUGGCUGUCUUUCUAGCAUUAUCGGUGUAUGUCUGUCUAGCAUUAUCAGUGUCUGUAUGUCCAGCAUUAUCAGUGUCUGUCUAGAAUGAUCAGUGUCUGUCUGUCUAGCAUUAUCAGUGUCUGUCUAGCAUUAUCAGUGUAUGUCUGUCCAGCAUUAUCAGUGUCUGUCUGUCUAGCAUUAUCAGUGUAUGUCUGUCUAGCAUUAUCCGUGUCUGUCUGUCUAGCAUUAUCAGUGUAUGUCUGUCUAGCAUUAUCAGUGUCUGUCUGUCUAGCAUUAUCAGUGUAUGUCUGUCUAGCUUUAUCGGUGUCUGUAUGUCCAGCAUUAUCAGUGUCUGUCUGUCGAGCAUUAUCAGUGUCUGUCUGGUAUCUUUUGAGAAUAAUUCAUGCAUUUCCAUUCUACUAAAGUUAAUAAAUAAUUGUUUUAAUGCAAUCAGGUGUUUUUUUGUUGCAUCAUUUUGUGAGUGAGUACAAUGAUUAACAUUGAACGAUGACUGAAUAAAUUAUAUUUUAUUAUAAAUUAUAUUUUAUUAUAAAACAAACAUUUUAUGUUUAUUAGGGUGUCAAUUAAUAAUGCUGGGUACACCCUUAGAGAUCCUGUUAAAUGACUCCUAUUAUGGCACAGCAGGUUGAUAUGUACUGCAUGUCAGAAGAAUAUUACGACUUCUCCGAUGGUGACUUGUCCUUGUUCUCUUGGCUGUCAUCGGUGUCCUUCUUGUCACUCUCAUGACCAUUGGACUCCAGAAUGUCUGUCUCUGGGACUUGCAGUGCUUCGAACUGGGCAUGCUCAGCAGGAAAGUGGAGGGCUGUGGAAGUG